AUGUUCAUUGGUGGUCUUAACUGGGAAACGACUGAUCAAUCUCUUCAUGACUACUUCUCCCAGUUUGGCGAAGUGCAGGAAUGUACCGUCAUGCGAGACAGCGCCACCGGCCGCUCACGAGGCUUUGGCUUCUUGACCUUCAAAGACCCCAAAACGGUCAACACGGUCAUGGUCAAGGAGCACUUUCUAGAUGGAAAAAUUGUAAGGUUUAUCCCCAAGAGCCCCAAAGGAGGACAGGAAAAGCCUGGCUCCCCUUGCCAGAAGAUACCCCCAAAGGACAGACGCUUACGUUCUCCUUUCCAGAUCGACCCCAAGCGUGCCAUCCCCCGAGACGAACAAGAGAAGACGGCCAAGAUCUUUGUUGGUGGAGUGAGCCAGGAUGCCACCGAAGAGGACUUUGAGAGCUUCUUCGCGCAGUUCGGAAGAGUUGUCGAUGCUACACUGAUGAUGGACAAAGAUACCGGUCGGCCCCGAGGCUUUGGAUUUGUUACUUUCGACAGCGACACUGCGGUCGAAAAGUGUCUCGAGUACCAACCAUUGGAAAUCCUCGGCAAGCCUAUCGAGGUCAAGAGAGCCCAGCCUCGAGGCAAGAUGGGCGAAGACGACGAUUUCUCACGCCGAGGAAGGGGCAAGUUCGGACGAGACGAUCGCUUCGGUGGCAACGACGGUAACAACGCCAGCCAGCCCAGCCAGAGCGCAGCUCCAAACAUGAUGGGCAACAAUUCCGGCAUGACCCCGCAGAUGAUGGCACAGUACUGGCAACGCAUGCAGCAGUACUUCGCCAUGAUGCAGCAGCAAAUGGUUACCAACAUGAUGGGCAACAUGGGCAACAUGGGGAACAUGGGCAUGAACCAGAUGAAUCCUCAAAUGAUGCAGCAGAUGAUGCAGAUGCAAAAGAUGCAAGGCGGAAACAGCCCCAACUCGCAGAAUUCGAACAUGAACAUGCAAGGGAUGACCCCCCAGAUGAUGCAGCAAAUGAUGCAGAUGCAACAACAACAACAGCAAGGUGGCAUGAAUCCUAUGCAGAUGGGAGGAGGCAACCGGCCACCCAUGGGCCCAUCGUCAAUGGGGGCCGGCGGGCAGCGUGGCAGCUUCUCGGCGCAAGAACAGCUUGCCUUCGAACAGCAAAAGUACGAGCAUCAAUCAAACCGACGAGGAGGAGGCGGAUAUCCUCAAGGUCCGAGAAACCAAAACUUCCAGGGCGGCGGCCCGCAGUCAUGGGAAGGCAUGUACGACGACGUACCUCAGCCCGACGCGGGACGGAAUUCUGCUGGACCAGUCAGAGGUCACACACCCAAGCCGCCAAAGGGUCCUGCGGGCGGCGGGGUUGGUCAGCCCAGUGCCCCGGCGAAUGCUCCUACAGGCCCCAAAAACCCUGGUAAACCCGGUGGUGGCUUCCGAGGCGGCAGGGGUCGGUACCAUCCGUAUGGAAGAUAG